AUGUCUCUCUUGGCUAUUUCUUGUUGCCUCGCUCUUCUAGCGGGUCAAACCUUAGGAGCUGGUUAUCACGAGGAUGUAGGGAUCCCUGAAGCCACCAGGAUCCGCUUGAAGGAGGCCCAGAAAGCCAGUGAGAGGAUCAGUGGAGGAGAAACUUCCGCUUAUGGUGAUAACCCAUAUCUGGCCGGUAUACUGAUAACUCUGCGAUCUGGUCAGCUGUCUGUCUGCAGCGGGACCUUGGUGACUACUAAGAAAGUGCUGACUGCAGCCCAGUGCUGGUAUGACGGGUACAACGUCGGCAGGAAAGCUGAGGUGGUGUUAGGUUCACUGCAGCUGUUCAGUAGUUACAAGAGGGAUGUCUUAGGAGUGGUUGUGCACUCCGGGUACAAACCUAGCACUCUGUAUAACGAUCUCGCUAUGAUGACUCUACGAUCCUCCACCUGGACAGGCAGUUAUCUGAGUCCUGCAUUUAUCCCGGCCGUGAACGAAACGAACAAAUACGAUGGUCUGGAGGCGCGCGUCUCAGGGUACGGGAAGACAAGUGAUUAUGACGAGUUCAACCCGGAGACGAACCAGCAAGCGUUGACAGUGACAGUGAUGAGACCCUGGGAGUGUUACUGGAACAUGGCACGUCGCCCAGCAGACUCCAGCAAGAUCAUGUGCACCCCCGGGAGCGUAUUGUGGGGUACUUGCGGCGCUGACCUCGGCGGCCCGCUGGUGAUACCCAACUUUAAUGGCACAGGAAACCAUCUGCUGAUUGGAGUGACAUCAAUUCAGUCUCCGUUUGGUUGCACGUCAGCGUUCGCGACCGGUUACACCCGCGUCACUGAAUACGUCAGCUGGAUACAACAGAACUUGUAA